AUGAAUGCUGAGCACAACAGUCUUACAAAACUUGCUGUACCCUCCGUCCCUCCUCCUACGCAAGGUGCUGAUCCUAUCGCCACCCAAAGUGUAGGUGAAGAUGAAAUAGUUGUUGACAGUGCGUGGGUUGCGGCAUCGCUGAAAGCAGACGGCUAUGAAGUUAUUGUAGAUGGUGGUGAGCCUCGCGAAUCAACACCGGCUUCGUCUGAACCGUGCCAUGCUGUGAUAGCAGAGACCCCCGCACCGGACAUCUGCCUCCUCAACCUUCGUGCUGCGCGACGCAGGGCGCAGAUUGUGGCGGUGCGAUCGCAAAGUGAGGAACAUUGGCGGGUGUACAACUGCAUUGACGCGGUAUGUCGUAGGCACGCCAGACGUCGCCGCAACCAGAGCUGGGGGAGCCUCUGCUCUUCUCUGGACGACCCACGGAACCACGCUCGCGCCUGGCGUAUCUUUGCAGCCGUAGUCCGCAUCAGAGAGCCACGCUGCCCGGUUCUCUGCGUUGCGGUUGCUAUGAAAAUCACCACACCGGAGCUGGCUGAAUUGCUGGCGGACAAUUUCGCCCCUCCGGCCUGCCCAGUUCCACCCCAAGGGCUGCCCCCUCUCCCCGCAAACAACAGGCCGGCGCUGUUUAAUCCCGAGCGGUUUUUCCCCACCGAGGGCAUCCUCCUCGAGAUCCGUGCACUGUGCACUGAGGAUUUCACACUUAGCGAGCUGACGGUGGUGCUCAACAGCCGCAGGAAGCGAUCUGCCCCGGGAGCGGACGGCAUCACUUACCAGGCGCUGCGGAAUAUUGAUCAUUCCAUGAUGCCCCGACUGCUGGACGCCUACAACGUGGUAUGGCGCACUGGACAGCUCCCUCCUGGUUGGAAAGAAGCACUCGUGGUGCCGAUCCAGAAGCCGCGGAAGCCGGCGACGGAACUUUCUUCCUACCGACCGGUUUCACUCACUUCGGCUGCAGGAAAAGCCAUGGAGGCCAUGGCACUACGGCGCCUUCGUUGGAUAGCCACCGCGACCAACGCCUUUCCACCCGAGCAGAGUGGAUUCCGCCCAAGUCGCUGCACUUUUGACUCGCUCGCCGACGUGGUUUCCACCCUUGAGGAGGCCAAAUUCCGCGGCGAGUACGGCAUUCUAGUGCUCCUCGAUGUGAAGAGCGCUUUCGACAGCCUGCCCCACGCAUCGAUUUUGGACGCUCUUCGCGACCUCGGUGUGGAUGGGCGGAUGCUAUCCUACGUUGAGGGAUUUUUGGGCGACCGUUCCCUUCGUGUUCGUGUGGGUACCGUAUUUAGCGGCCCUCGUCCCGUCACUGCUGGCGUCCCUCAGGGAAGCAUACUCAGUCCCUUUCUGUUUAACCUGGUGCUGGCCAAGCUGCCGGAUUUUAUCCCGUGCGACACGCCCUGUGAAGUGCGUUCGGCGAUUUACGCUGAUGACAUUGCGCUGUUUGCCUGCGGCCCCGGCUACCACCGUUCUGCUCUGCUCAGGUCACUCCAGGUCGCCAUCGACGCGGUCGACGCAUUUCUCAGUGGAAUUGGACUGACGCUCGCCGCCUCCAAAACGGAGGCUCUGCUCGUACACCCGCGAGCGUCGACACGCUUCAGCACACCACGGCUCUCGCUCCGGGGACUUCCUAUCGAAUGGAGCAAGACGGUGCGCUACCUCGGAGUGACAAUCGACAACCGUCUCAGCUGGCGGCCCGCUGUCGACGACCUGAGGAAGGGAAACCGCAAGGUACUCAUCGCAGCUCGUAGUCUCCUUGCGCGCGGCCGCGGCUGCACCCCGGCUCUUGCCCUACGCGUCUACAACGCCGUCGCUUCAGCCCGGGUUCUAUACCGCGCACCGGUGGCUUCGCUGAGUGCCUGCCAGCUGGCUGCCUUGGACACCGAUCAUCGGAACGCCGUACGGGAGUACUACGCACUCCCUCACAACUCCCAAGUGGGCCCUACCCUCGCUGAGGCAGGGGAAACGCCCAUCUCUCUGCGGAUCACCAAAACAGCUCUCAACCACGUGUGGCGCCUGAACAACACGGCGCAAGGGGGUCGCCUGGUCGACCGGCUCCACUCUCUCCCUCACUCAUCUCUGGGGCAGCGGGUGAGGGAGUACAUGUCGAUCGUACCGGACACGCCUUACCGCAGCUGGCCGGCCAUCCCUUCGUACCGCCACACCCCCCUGGUCAUACACAAGACCCUCGCGGGCAUCAAGGCAAAGGCGCGCACCCCCCUAGCAGCAAUGCAGCAGGAGUGUUCCGCCCUCUUGCACGAUCAGCUGGCCGGGCGGCUGCUUGUUUACGUCGACGGCUCGGUGCUGCCCGACGGCUCCGCCGCCGCUGCCUGUGUUGCGCCAUCGGUUGGCGCGGUUCGCAAGUGCCGCCUGCCCUGCCUGGCCUCCUCCACGGCGGCGGAGCUCGCCGCCAUCAACCUGGCAGCCGAUUUCCUGCUGGAGCAGUCAUCAAUCAGUGCGGCAGCCAUCAUCUGCGACUCCCGCGCGGCCUUGGCUGCCAUCUCUCGCGAGGAGGACGGCAGUCUUCUGGCGCAGAGGGUAGCCAGGCAACUGCACGCCGUGAAGCAAUACGGAUGCGACCUCUCGCUGCACUGGGUCCCUUCACAUGUGGGUAUACCAGGGAACGAGGCAGCCGACCGAGCUGCAAAGGACGCGCACGACCCCAGCACCGCGAUCACCGACUGCGUGAGCUUCUCGGACGUCGGUCGUCUCCUAAUAGCCUGCUACGUGCGCGAGCGACAUCCAGAUCUUCGCGUGGCAGCCGGCACGCCGCCGCGGCGGCUCCCUCUCAAGGGACUCUCGCGAAGGGACCGCGGGUUCCUUCUCCGUCUCCGCACUGGGGACAACUACACCGCCGAGCGCAAGCAUCGGCACUCCGGGCGUGGCAGUCCAUACUGCAUCGACUGUGGCGACUUGGAGACACUCGACCACCUGCUGCUCGAAUGCCCUGCUGGUGACGCGAGCAGGCAAGUGAUGCUCGCCGUGUACAGUCAGCUUGGGCUUCCUCGGGCAACAGCUCAGCACCUUCUCUUUCCGGCGUGCCGCCGUGAGCACGUCAAGCGUGCUCUCUCUGCCCUGCUGGACUUUGUUGACGGCAGCGGACUGCGUGAGCGCCUCUAA